GCUUUUUAGUUACCAGUUCGAGCCUUCACAAUCAGGUUAAAAAGUUGAAAAGCCAAAAAAUUAUUUCGUUCAAAAGUGUCUUCACUGCUUCUUCGUUCAACAGGCUACACACUACCCCAACCCCAACGUCUAGACAUGGCAUUCUGUGGCCGCGUUAGUGCCUCUGGUGAAAUAGUCCUCAGGGAUGAGAUCUUCAGCGGCAGGACCCGCAUCAGCCGAUCCUCGUCGUCCAACGACUCUCCCACCUCGAUCUCGUCGCCGGACUCAUUGCCCCAAAACACCAGCACUCGAACUUUUGCUAUUAAGGACGACAGGGAUUAUCCGUCGCCCAAUUCUGCGAGUAACUGGUCCACCAUGUACGCCGGACUCAAGCGAUCGGAGAGCCAGAACAACUCGGUGCCCCCGCUGUGUCUCAGCUCCCGGGAGAGCUCCCUCAACUACCUCAGGCACAUACAAGGAAUAAAGGUGAAUCGCGAGCCAGAUGCGGCCUACGAGAACUGGUACUCGGCCAAGCAGCGGCAGAUCCUGCAGAGGCAGCGGCGGCUGAAGGAGGAGCUGAAAUCCAAGCAGCAGCAGAUGGAUGAGCGCAAGCAGCUGGCCAAGAUGUGCUACGACCAGUGGCUGAAGGACAAGGCUCGCCAGGCCGCGAAUCUGCAACUGGAGAAUCAACUCCAGGCAGCGGCCAUGAAGGCCAGCCUUGUCCUGAGCAAGAAUCCCCUGGUGUCCCCAUCCACCACAUUGUGCCCAACCGGCUCAUCAAGCUCUUCGGCGACUGCCAACAGGUCCAUUCGCAAGGUGUCCAAGGACGAGAUCCGCAAGGUCGUCGAGGAUUGGUGGCUGAAGAAGCAGCGGCAGCAGCAGGCGCAGCGCGAGGAGAAGCGUAGGGCCCUGAUGGCCAGGGCGCUGGAGGAGGAGCGGCGCAAGCGACUCGCCCAGGUUGCCUGGGAGAAGUGGAUGAGCAACGUGGACGCGAAGCCCAAGCCGGUGCCCCUCAAUCAGGGCUUGGACUCUCUGCGAGGCACCGUCUCGCAGCUCUACGUGAAUCCCACGCCCUGGAUGGAUCCCCUGAAGCCUUCACAGAACUAACCUGGUCGAUCGUCCACUCCAUUCAGAUUCUAUUCUUCCAGACCUACUUUAUGAGUGAUUCAAAUUGUCCACAAGUUGUUAAAAUAUAGAAAUAUUCCUAUUCAGCUUAUGGAAAAAGCAUGAAAACUGUUAUAA